AAUACCGAAAUCAUAUGGGAUUUACAACUGUCAAAAUGCCUCCUCUCUCCCCUCCAGAAUAAAAUUUUUACAUGCAAUUUCAGAUCGGAUAUGUUUAUUACCGAAUAUCGCGGUCGAACGCAACACCAAAGUCCAAUUUGCUUUUGUAUUGAUCAAAUGGGAUUGUAACGAAGAAGGAACUCCAAAAAUGCCCCCCGUACCCCCCGCCAAGCCCGAUCUGCCCGUUCCCAAAUUUGUCGAUUCCCUUUGGUGCGUUUAUGCCGUUUCUGUGGUGGCAGCAUGGAAUGCGGAAUUUUUGACAUAUCCCUUGGACCUCAUCAAAACCAGACUUCAAAUACAAGGAGAGCUCAAUAAAAAUGGCAAUAAAGUCCCCUACAGGGGAAUGCUAGGUACCGCCCUAGGCAUAACAAAAGAAGAAGGCCUACAUAAACUAUGGCAGGGGGUUCACGCGGCAUUCGCAAGGCAUCUAAUAUACUCCGGUACCAGAAUCAUGACUUACAAGGCCCUUAAGGAAAAACUAUUUAAGCAAACCAACAACGAUGACUAUUUUCCUUUAUGGAAAUCGGCGCUCUGUGGAGUUAGCGCGGGUGCUUUGGCCCAAUACAUCGCCAGUCCAACGGAUUUAGUCAAGGUGCAACUACAAAUGGAGGGCCGAAGAAGAUUGAUGGGACUUCCGCCCAGGGUCCAUGGUAUAUGCGAUGCCUUCAAAAAGGUCUGGGCUAGCGGGGGGGUCCGGGGGCUUUGGAAAGGUUCUGUGCCGAAUGUUCAGCGAGCAGCCCUAGUGAAUUUAGGGGAUCUGACCACCUACGAUCUGUUGAAACGGUCUAUCUUACACCAUACCAGUUUGCCAGACAGUCAUUUGGUUCACGUUUUGGCCUCUUGUGGCGCCGGUUUCGUCGCGGCCUCUAUGGGAACCCCCGCAGAUGUUAUUAAAACGAGGGUGAUGAAUCAACCGUUGGAUGAUCGAGGAAGGGGUCUCCUCUAUACAUCCUCCGUGGACUGUCUAAAAAAGACCGUCCAAUCCGAAGGUAUUGGGGCCCUUUAUAAGGGUUUCGUGCCAAUCUGGAUGCGUAUGGCUCCCUGGUCGCUGAGCUUCUGGCUGACUUACGAAGAAGUUUUACAUUUAAUGGGCGCGAAAGCGUGGUGAAAGUUAAUUAAUUGAGUGAAAGUAUGUACUUAUAAUUGCCUAAUUUCGAUCAUUCGGAGGCUCCAAUUUACAAUUUAUAUACACGAUUUUUGUGUCUGAUCAGUCUGAUUAAAAUAAUAUUAUAGAAGUAAUAACAUAGAACUGCGAGAACAGGGUAGAAUAACUUUUAUAUCGUUUUUCUUUAACGCACAAUAUUUGAAUUUGCGGAGAGGGAUUUUUUUGUUGGUAAGUUUAAAAUGUCGUAAGAAAGUUGAAAAAUAUGAAUAACGGUGACUAGUAUGUAUGUAUGUAACAGACAGAGAUACGACGAAUCAUUUUAUUUGAGUAAACAUCCUGGGUCAUACUAAAUUGAUGAUGGUUGCUGGAGAACGAAACGUCGACUUGCAAAAGAUAUCAGUCGCAGAAAAAUUAAAAAAAAAAUUUCAACAUUGGAACAUGAAAAGCAGCUUUCUUAUUAAUUUUUGAAAUAAACCUAUUGAAAAACCGGUUUCCUAAGCCUAUGGAUAGGGGAAACUGUUGAAAUUAAAAAAAAAACCAUUUUAAUACAAUUUUGCGUCUUUAAAUAUGUCUAGCUGUUGCUUAUACCUUUUAGAACAAAAUGGAAUUUGGAAGUUUAGUAUAUCUACUCAACAAAAAAUUUAAAAAAUACGAUACAAAACUAUUGCAUAGCGGUCCAUAUUACACUAUGCUCACUUGAAACGUGCGUCUUGUACCCUGGAACAAGCAUCAAGCAAUAGUUUGCUAUGUUAAAUUGUUUGCUUAAUUUUUUUAAUCACACACAACGUUAACAUUGGUGUGAAAAAAAAAUGUGUUUGAAUUGGAUUAAUACAAAAAAUCAUUUGCUUAAUCUAGUUUUGCAAAAAUCACACAAAAAACCACUCUUCUUCAACCUCCAUUUUCCACAAGAAGGGCAGUUGCACCACUCUUCUCCACGUUUGUCUUUUCUUCACUACUUUCUUCAUUAUUAGUUGAUACAAAGAGACGUUACAGACGAAGAACUUGAAACUUCUUUAUUCCAUUUAACUUUUUUUGACUCUCUUUAAUAGGGCGCCAUAAUUCCCAAAGCUGUUUACAAAAUUCAUGAAAUCAUCCAAAAAUUUGUAAAAGGUUUGCUGUGCCAAUAUCCUCUGAUCCUGAUCCUUCAAAAAGCAUCUUUUCUUUAAAAUGGACUCAUGGAAAGAUAAACAUAGGAGGCAACGAAUUACAUUUACUGCGCCAACAAUAGUAAGCAGGAUCCCUCUUUCGGAGCAACUAUUCUAGAUUUUCCUUGAGCUAUGCUCAGCCCUGUUUUGUCCAGGUCCUAAAUUUUAUCUAGGGGACCAUAUUUUCUAUGCACCUCUUGAAUAUUGUUGUUUUUUAAAUAUCAUAUGGCUUAAAUUAGUAGCCUCUGAUUUCCGAAAUUAAAGUUGUUUUUCAUGUCGUUUUAAAAAUCCUCUCAUCCAUUCUUCGACGGCGACUUCAUCAUCUUUCCAUCUGGUAUGUUUUUAUUAUUAGCUUCGGCAAAUUUAAGUGUUAACGUAAGGGAGACCGGUGUCAAUUGUAACAACCAUCUAUACCGACGCAAAAAGUAAAGAAGGGGUUAUAAUAAAAUACUUCACCUUAAAAUAAGUUUAUUUUUUACGUAAAAUAGGAAAUAUAAAAAUAUUAAUCUUAUAAUUCAUCAUCAGAAUUGCAGUUUACGCAAACAUAAAAUGGGUUUUUAUCUGUGCAGGUUAAAUGCGCCCAUUCUCUGCAAGUUCUACCUUGUAUCCAUUCUUCUGCGCUUAAGGAAUAUGAUCCAGAACACACUAAACAAAAAGUGUCAUCAUUAGAAGAAUCUGAAGAGUAAUUUUCCACCGUUUUUUUCUUAAUUGUUUUAUUCAAUUUCUUGCUCUUAUUUUUAUUUGUUUUGGUGGUGUCAUCUUUGCCAAUUUGCCGUUUUACUGAAACUUCCUUCUUUAAAGUUUGUUCUUCAAUAGAGUUUUUUUUCUGGUGUGUCAGUCAGUGUAGCAGUUUUUCUUUUCAUUCGACCCCCUUUUUUCGCUUUAGAACGAUCGGCUUUAGGUAAAGUUUUUAGAACAUCAGGUGUAAUAAAUGCUACCGGUUGUAGUUGAGGCGAGAGAGUGGUGUCCCUGACAGUUAAUGGUCCUGGCUGAGGUGAAGAAUUAGUGUCUCUUUUUGUUGAUUGUUCCAAUUGACUUUCAGCUAUUUCAGCGGGUUUAGUUGUAGGUGAUUUUGUUGUAGAUUGAGUUUGCUGUUGGGUUUCAUCUAAUGGUCUAUCAGUAACCGUUGAUGGUAAAAAAUCUGAAUCUUGAAAAAUUCCACGGUUAAAUGGAUAAAUGCCGGUGCAAGAAAAUCCUGAUAAAAUAUUUGUUGGUGUAGUGGCUAAAGGUAAAGAUGAUUUAACAAUUGAUGGUAAAUCAUAUAUUGUCAUACGCUUUCCUGGAUUGUUCUUCAUCCAUUGAUCGGCGUAGUUGUUGAAAUACUUUUUAAAAGGAACAUAUACACCACGAUCCAGUGGUUGGAGACGGUGGGAAGUAUGUGGUGGAAAAGACAACAAUGUUAUGAAAUUUGCUCUGCAAUAAUCUAUUAAUGAAAUGGAUACAUGUGAAGAGUGAUUGUCUAAUAAAACCAAAACUUUAUUAGUCUCGCUGGGUUUAGCGUGUUUCACAAAGUGUUUUAUAAAGUCAAGAAACUCAUUUUCUUGCAACCGGGGAAAUACAAACAUUGGCGGAAUUGCGUUACCAACAGCUUUUACAGCCACGCACAGCGUAACAAGUGUUCCACGCUCCUAACUUGCUACUGAUCCUACUUGCUUGGUUCCUUUUUUUGCAAUGACCUUGGUUGGCUUUUGCACCGUGGACACACCAGUCUCAUAAUAUUGUAAAUAUUUUGUGGCUCAAAAUUGUGUCUUUCCAAGACAGUUGCCAGUUUAUCAAAUCAGUUGCCAGUUUAUCAGUUUUAAAGUUGGAGACAUUUUCUUUCUUGAAAUUCAUGGCUCGCGCAAGACUUGUUGCUUGGGGUGUGCGAAGUGUUAAAUGAGGAUUUCUUUUCAGGAAAGCUACAAGCCAAUCUUCACUAGCCUGUUCUACUUCAUUCCAUUUUUGAGGGUAGUUAAGCCGAUUGGCAGAUGCAAACUGAAAAAAAAAAAACAACCAACCGCUAUCCAUUAAAAAAUAAAGCAAAAGCUUUAUCAAAGCCUACCCUUUCCUUGAAAUAUUGUCAAUCUUAACGCUUUGGAAUUCACAAACAAAAAUGUGACGACACGUUUAUUUACUUUUUCGGCAGUUUAUUAAAAUUUGCCUACAGAACGAACGGCACGCACGAAAGAUAUAUUCAAACUAAUUACGGGUCAGCAGAACCGCAUUUUGCUUUGGCCCAUACGCGUGUUUCCAUAAAAUUGAAAAAGAUGGCGCUGUUGUCGGUCGUGUUACUUUCGACACCUGUUACAAUCGACACCGGUCUCCCCUACUGUCACCCUUUUUUGUUAAACCGUACUGCAGUUACGCUAUAGUUUGAAUGAACGUAACGAGGCUUAAUUCUCUUUAUCUGUAAAUAUUUUCUUCACAGCAUAAUUGGCUGAAUAUUUAUAUUCAGUGUUAUACCUAUAUUUUUUCUAAUUUCGGUAGUUGUCUAGUAAGCGCUUCUCUGUAGGUCAUUUUUUUUCGGGAUCAUCCGAACUCGCAACCUCUCUUGCUUGUUUCAGCGAACCUUCGUCCACUGGCUUAAACCCUAGCCGUCCCAAAAUAAUAAUAAUUCUUUGGAUCCCAGAACCGGGUCAAAAUUGACCCUUUUUUUGUAAAAUUUUUUAUUUGAAAAAAUAUGGGAAUCAUAAUAAAAGAUGUUUCUAUAUUUUGCUUUACGUUUAUUACAAAAAUAAACAACUAAAACUUUUUAUUCUAGAUACAUAUACCCAAAAAACUUACGAAAAAGAAUAACAAACCAAAUAUUUACUUUUAUUUGUCUAAAAAAUCACAUUAGUCCUUAUUCUCCAUCCUCAUCUUUUAAACAAUAGAAGCAUUCUACUGUUUAAGAAAUUUUAAUUUCUGAGUGUGUGGGACAAACAAAUUUUUGACACUUGUCAGAUUUCGUGGAAUAUUUGUUAUAUUAUUCUCCGGCACUGAAAACAUCUACUUCUUUUUGUGCCCACGUGGGGAUUGAACUGCUUCUUUUUUACUGGAACUCGCGUAGUUUUAAUAGCUUGACAUGUAGCUGCGGAAAACCCUCUACCAUCCUCAUGAAUUUUUUUCUGCCGAACAAUAUUAUCAUGGGUCAACAUGUUACCUAGUUCUUCUAAAAAAAGUUUCCUUCUUAUUUUCAAGUUACCAUUAGAACUUUUCCAGUCUGGGUCUUUUGUAAUCCAGAUGACAAAGGCAUUAUAUGAAGCGACAUCAAGUGAAUUAAAAAAUAAACGUAGACGCCAUCUUCUUGUGCAAUUUUUAAGAAGAGUACUCACGUACACUUUUAUUUAAGCAAUCAGUGCCACUUUUUGUCUCAUUCUAGGAGGUUAUUAUAUCAGGUUUAAAUUCCAAAUCCUCCCCCCGCAAUGUCAUGUUGAUGAUGCAUUGAAGAUAACAGUACCACAAUUUUUUUGGGUUUCGUAACGUAGGCCACUAAAGUAAGAUUUCGUGCGAAAAGAAAUUGUGAAGAAUACGUUGCUCUUUCGCGAAUAUCCAGUAAACACUUUGGCAGGUCUUUGCGCGUUUUGCGGACCGUCCCUACAAUUGUUAGAUUCUGGGACAAAAGAUCUUCUGCUAAAGUGAUGUCGGCGAAAAAAUUAUCAGUGGUUAUAUUUCGUCCACUACGAUACCAGUGGCUUGCUAAAGUUUUAACAACUCGAGGUCCUUGAUUCUUUUCUACUAUUCCAUUUAUUUUUCCUAAAUACACUUCAAAAUUGCAGCAAUAAAAAUUUUCAGCAUCACAAAGGGCCCAUACUUUUAUACCAUAUUUGCCCGGUUUACUUGGUAUGUAAACUUUGAAUGAGCAACGACCCCGGAAAGUUACCAAUUGCUCAUCAAUAGUUCCAAAAGCUGAAGGAUUGUAAGAUUUCCUGCAAUUCUCAGCAAAUAUCUCAGUGAUCUCACGAAUCGAACAGUAAAAAUAAGGAUUCCAAGGAAAGCGAGUAAUUCUGUAGUGUCUACCUCAUUCCAUGAUUCCAUCAUGAUUUCAUGACUUUUAUUAUAGGUGUUUAUAAGGUGUUUAGCUUUUUUGUCUGUGUAUUUUAUAAUAAUAUCUAAUAAAUCAUUAGAAAAGAACAGCUUAAAACAGUCAAUGAUAGAAUUUAUAUCUUUGCUUUUAUCUGUGAGACCGUUAUUUUCUUGCAAGAUAUUGCAUGUUCUGGAUUUUCCUGUUAUGUGCAACAGUAUACCAAGUGCGAUUAUCAACAUUGUACGACUGUUCUUCUUCUAACUCUUGAAAGGAAAGAUUGCCGUCAUGUAUCUCAGGCUCUUCAUCCGAGGUGUCCUCAUCAUCUGACAAAUCACUAAAUGACUGUUCGAAAGGUAUUUCGGCUUGGAACUCAUCAUCUGAAGAAUGCAUCAAUAUUUUGUAGUGUUCCUUGUCGGAUAAACCCUUAUUUUUAGACCACAUGGCACUUUACUAUUUAUUAUGGAAAAAUAAAUAACCCUCUCACAGUAACGUUCGACAGUAAACUGAACAACAAAGCAAUAAGUUGGAAAUAUAUGCAACUUAUCUUGUUUAGAUCUGUAAAAAAGGGCAGUUUUAGCAUAUACCUAUUUAUCCCAAAACGGGGUUCUCGGUGACCUAUCCAUAAUUUUUUUAAGAAAAAAUUAGUUUUUUUUUACAUUUUUACCAAAUAAAGCAUUGUUAUGAUAAAAUUUGAGAAUUCAUGGACGCUCACUGAAAAAAAAUCAGGGAAGCAAAAGAUAUUUCAGGAUUUUUAGGUUUCGGGUCAUCGAAGACGCAUAUUCGGUACGGCGAGGGUUAGUACCUAUAAUAUACCUAUAAUACCUAGUAUAGAAUAAAAUAAUAGUAUAUUAGGCGCACCAGUGGCGUUUACCAUAUGUUGUAACGACUUGUACCAAGAUCCAUUGGACUAACGCUCCGUCCUACGUGGGCGAUUAAAAAGGUGCGUGCCACGCGCGCGUCUUUAGCGACCAAGAGCGCGAUUCGUACGAUGAAGAAAAGCUUGUUGUAGUGUCCUCGAGCGACGCGUACUACAGUAGAUUCUGACAUUGCUAGUGAGAACAACAAUAUUAUGCCGUGGUUUGACAAACGUAAAACUGUGUUACUAGAUAACCAGAUAACCUGGCUUUAAAAAUAGCUUUGAGUCGGCAAAGGCGAAAUAAAAGAAGACCAAGCAAUAAUAUAUAUUUGGAAAGGGCACGGAUGGGUGACUUUCAUCAUUUAUACCGAGAGUUAAGCGUCCAGGAAAUGAGUGCCUCUUCUAUGGAUAUGCAAUGAUGUGCGCCAGUACCUUUGACUACAUUGUAGCGGCUAUUAGGUCAGAAAUAAAAAAAAUUUCAACGAAUUUCCAGUGGCUUAUAUCAGUAGAGGAGCGCUUAAUUGUAACCAUCAGGUAAAAAUAAUUGUAAAUAACUUUAAAAUUGUUUUAUUGAUUUCUAUUAUACAUAUGAAUUAUUAAUGAUAAGUCACAUUUAUAUUGUGGAAUUGGUCGUGAUCGGAAUAAUGAGAUGUUCUUGAACUUGACGAGAUAUAAGAUCCUGCUGGAGAGGAAUGCACAGGUGGUACGCAAGUGAUGCCCAGAUCGACAUGUUGAAUCUGACCUUUAAAUUGAUGUCCGUUCUGAACUGUUGAUACUUGAAAAAUAUAGGAAGAAGAUACGCCGGAAACCCCUGAGCCGUACUGUUGAACUGUAUUCUGGACAGAAAACUGAUUCUGCCUCUCAACUUCAACAAUUGAAUGUAUUAACAGGUUUUGCACUGCACUACGGAAGGCUAACUUCUUUAUUGGAGGAAGGAUUCUUACAUGAGGAAGUAAAGAUUUGAAAAAAUUUAUAUCUUCAUCAUCAUCAUUAUCAGCUUUGUUUAAUAAAUCGACUUUUUUCUUCUCGAGGUCCAGCAUGUCUCGUUCAAUGGAUUUAGCAUUAUUUUGUGCCUUACGUUUUUUUUCAAUGGGUGUAAUUGGUCCAUCUUGAUUAGGUAACUUAUUGUCUAAUUCGUCUAUCUGCUUUUGUAGCUGUUUUUUUAGUAGAAUUUCUGGCAGUUCGUCCUCUUCAAACUGGGUAAGUUGAUAACUUUGUGACUGCGAGGUAUUUUCGUCAUCUUCUAGUUGAGAGCGUUGAGAAACUGUACUUUCAGAUAAUUCAAUAUUGCCCUGGGUAUUCCUUGGUGUAAAAACAGCUUUCAGAAACAGCGUUGAAUCGAAGUGAGCCCACGAUCCUGGAUAAACUGGAGCUUGAUCACUGCCAUCUCCCGAGCGACUUUUGGGGAUCUUUUUAAACUCCCUUCUAAAAUUGUCACGCAGGUUUUUCCAUUUUGAUUUAACCGCUUCCUCUGAAAAAAAGAGAAAAAUUGGUUACACGACUGUUGCUAACAUUAUAAUGAAAAGUAUUAACGAUUUCUCAAAAAAGUUGGUUUUAAUUCGCAAGUCUUGGCACAGUUUAAGUUAGAUUAGGUCCCCAAUAAAACUUAAGAAAAUAAAUGUUUUUUUUAGAUAUUUGGCAACAGGCAUGUCAUUUCAACAACUAGCAUACAGCUUUAGAAUUUCCAAGAGUGCUGUAUCUGUAAUAAUUAUCGAGGUAUGUCAGGCAAUCUGGAAAAGGUUACUAGAAGCUCAUAUGCCAGUGCCUACUGAAAUACACUUCAAAAAAAUAUCUAACGAAGUUAUGAAAAAUUGGCAAUUUUCAAACUGUAUUGGCUGUGUCGAUGGGAAACAUAUAGGAAUUAAACGACCGCAAAAAUCGGGCUCUUUGUAUUACUGUUACAAGAAUUAUUUUUCCAUUGGACUUCUUGCAGUGACAGAUGCCAAUUAUAAAUUCAUUAUGGUAGAUAUUGGAUCUUAUGGGACGGAAAAUGAUGCUGGGGUUUUUGAAAAUUGUCCACUAAGACGUGCAAUUGAAUCAGGGAAAAUAAGAUUACCAGAGGAAACACAUUUGCCGAAAUCAACAAUUAAAGUUCCAUUUGUUUUUUUGGGUCACGAAGCGUUUCCUUUAACAGAAUAUCUAAUGAGGCCAUUUUCACGAGCCCAGUUAAAAGAAGGGGAAGAAAAUGAUAUAUUUAAUUACAUAUUAUCUAGGGCUAGGAUGGUUGUGAAGUGUUCGUUCGGAAUAAUGGUCGCAAAAUUUCGUCUUUUAGGAAAAGCUAUUGAGACGAGUAUAAAUAACGCUGUAGUCAUUGUUAAGGCAAUAACGCUAUUACACAAUAUUAUUGACCUGAAAGCAGUAACAAAUUCCGAAUCACAAAACUUGGCUGUUAAUUCGACAUUACCGAGUGUACAACCGACUAAAAAGUAUAAUGCAUCUACAAGGAAAGCAAUUUUUAUAAGAAAAAAAUUGUCAUUAAUUUACGUUAUAUUUAAAUUUAUUUAUGCAGAUACAACAUCAUUUGAAUGAUUACUUACUUGUUUCUCCCAAAUCUGUGGCGAUUCGUAUUCACUCCCUAUCUACCAGUAAACGAUUAUGAUAGUGCUUAUGGCUUAUGUCCCAAAGAACUCUACAACUUUUUACGGCACUUAUUAGCCCUUCCGUAAACUGUUCAGGCUGCUGAGACAUGUUGAAGUACACGUCUUACUUCGGCAACCGUACCACAACAACUGUGCCAUCGCACGAUGUGCGCAUUAAAAUAACAAAUAUUUUGAUCGCGUUGGUCGCUCAAAAAUACUGUCGCAUCGCGCGCAUCGUUUGACGUUGCCACGCAAUUAGAAAACAUUGUUUUGAUAAAAUCUCUUUUAUCGCGUCGCUCGCAUCACGCGCUUUAAUCCCCCACGUAGGACGGAGCGUAAGGUAGAACACAUACAUGAUGAUGACAGUAUUCUCGUUCAACAGUUUUACAAGAAUCUUACUUUUACUACACAAAAAUACUUUCUUUUAUCAAAACUGUCAGUCCAUUUGCAUCGCUAUAACUCAGCUGAGCAGUUGUUUAGAUCAAGAUUGUGGACUGAGUUCGUUAUCGGUCCGCUAGAAAGGAGCACUAUCCAGCUAGACAAAGUUGUACAAGUUACACUAUGAUCUAGGUACAACAGUUUCCCCUACUUUGUAACUAAUACCUCUAAAAGUUGGCAUUAUCAAGUUAGUGUGUUUGUUUGGCUCUGAAAUAUUUAGUUUUGCUUUGUACAGUUAGAUCCCCUAAACACCCUAAUAUAUCAAAAAGUAACUUCAUUAAACAUCAAAGAAACUAUGAAGAUAUAUCUCUGUCUGAUACAUCAUUUUACCGUAAUUUUAUCUUUGUCUAGCCUAUUAUACUCUAAAAAAUAGAUUUUUUUACUUGUCAAACAUUCAGUGAAAUAUGAUUAUUUGAGUAAAUAUCCAGGGUCUUAAAAAAAUAAAUUGAUGAUGGUUACUGGAGAAGGAAACAUCGACUUGCAAGAUAUCAGAUUCAGGAAAAGUUAAAAACAUUUUUUGUUAGCAUUGGGAACUUGAAAGACUUUUUUCGGCCCCAUUUUACUUUAUUUUCUAAAUAAUUAUGUCAAAAAAAGGUUUCCUGAGCCUAUUGUACAAGAUAUUUUUAAAUAAACGGCACUUUAUUAAUACGCUUGUGCAGCAUAAUUUAGUUUAGUUUUGUACAUUUGAAUCCACUCUAGUACAUACGUUAAUAGGCAGUUGCAUUAAAAAAAAUCGUCCAUACCUGAUUUCUACAUUUUUUUUACCAAAAGUUUCACUCACCAGUUUUGAGCUUAAAAAAACAGUAAAAUCGUAUAUUUUAGACAAAGAUAAAAAUAUAGUAGCUUUUAUAUAACAGAUUUUGAGUAGUUGUUAAAUAGAAAAUCCAGGCCCUCAAAUAAAUUAACUUACUGAUAGUCAAAAUAUAAAAACACUUCAUGUAAAGAAUUCUUGAGCCAAAUACCAUUCAUCGUCAAUAUAAAAUAGGGAUAUUUUAUAGUAUAUACAGGUGCCAUAUCAAACGAAUGUAAAACACGUUUAAAUAUGUGGCGUGAGGAAAAAAUUCCGUUUCUAGUUUUAAGGUGACCAAAGUUGUAAAACAAUAUUUGUUUUGCUUUAUAUUUGUAUAAUUGUGCAGGUAAAGUUAAAAAUCCGGUAAGAAUGUCAUUGUCUUUAUUUUAAAUGUUAAUUCUUAGAAUUUUAUUAUUUCUUUAUAAGCAAAGGACUAACUUUAUUUUGGUAGGUACUUGAUUGCAAUUUUUCGUGGUUUUGUAUUUUUAAUGGUAUUCAAGUUAAUUAGUAUUCAAAUAAUACAUAUUGGUCACCUUAUUUAACUAAUUUUUUUUUUAUUUUUAGUACUUUUUGCAAUUUUAUAUAGUGUCCCAGUUAGGAAUAUUUAUUAAUUUCUACUUUUCUCGUACAUAACAGUAUAGUAUAUGUAUAGCUGUCGAAUGAUAUAUAUUUUUGUAACAUUUCAUUAGAGAAACCACAAAAUGUUUUAUUUUCUUUACACAUUAUAUUCUUUAUACAUAACUUUAUUUAUUCAUUUUUCGUUAAUUUUUUUUAAUAACCUUUAGUAUAGUAUAGAUAUAUUUGUAUAUAAUGACAUGUAUUGCAAUUGUUGAUGUUUUUUUGUUAAUAUAUAUGUUAAAACAGUAAA